CGCAGGCAGGUGCUGUUGCUGUCCCUGUUGAUGGUCUCACUGCUCCGAACCGUGUAUCAGCGUUUCUUCUCCAUGGCGGCUGAAGCCUAUACCCCAGGGAGCCUGUCAGCUGCCUUUGUCACCAGCCCCAAUGAGAAAGUGGGCAAGGAGAUUGCAAGGGCGAUGGUAGAGAAGCACCUGGCUGCCUGUGUCAACAUCAUGCCUCAGAUCACAUCCCUAUACAAGUGGAAGGGGAAGAUCGAAGAGGACAGGGAGGUGCUGCUGAUGAUCAAAACCCGGAGUUCCCAGAUCCCUGCGCUGACCGACUUUGUCCGGUCGGUGCAUCCAUACGAAGUAGCAGAGGUGAUUGCGCUGCCCAUCCAGCAGGGAAACGCACCAUAUCUGCAGUGGGUUGGGGAGACUGUGCCAGAGUGAGACCCCCCCUACACCACAGCAGGGGACAGUCUGACCCUACCCUGCCUCAA